AUGGUGCACCUUAGCACCAUCCCGCAACCGGACGAGGUGGACGACAAGCUCGUUGCGGCUGUCAAGAAGGCACAUCUUCAGCUCCUCGACGAUGACGACGUCUUCACUACGAGCGUCUACGGCUCCAGAUUCGCCGCCGCGGACCUUCCCAGGCUUGAGAUGCCCGAGAGGGAGAUGCCCAAGGAGGUCGCCUAUCGUAUGAUCAAGGACGAGCUCAGCUUGGACGGCAACCCAAUGUUGAACUUGGCCUCUUUCGUCACCACCUACAUGGCAAGCCCCGUCCCUCGCCCCAAAGGCCACAUUGUGGAGGAAGAAGCCGAGAAGCUCAUGGCCGAGUCCUUUUCCAAGAACUUCAUCGACUACGAGGAAUAUCCCCAGUCGGCCGACAUCCAGAACCGCUGCGUGUCCAUGAUCGGCCGCCUCUUCCACGCCCCCGUCGACGAUGACACCACUGUUGGCGCCAUCGGCACCUCGUGUGUCGGCAGCUCCGAGGCCAUCAUGCUGGCCGUGCUGGCCAUGAAGAAGCGGUGGAAGAACAGGAGGCAGGCGGCCGGCAAGUCGACCGAGAACCCAAAUAUCAUCAUGUCCUCCGCCGUCCAGGUCUGCUGGGAGAAGGCAGCUCGCUACUUCGAGGUCGACGAGAAGCUGGUCUACUGCACCGAGGAGAGGUACGUCAUCGAUCCCGAGGAGACGGUGAACCUGAUCGACGAAAACACGAUCGGCAUCUGUGUCAUCCUGGGCACCACCUACACCGGCGAGUACGAGGAUGUCAAGGCUGUGAACGACCUGCUCGUGGAGAGGGGCCUGGAUACCCCGAUUCAUGUCGAUGCCGCCAGCGGCGGGUUUGUCGCUCCUUUCGUGGUCCCCGACCUGGAAUGGGAUUUCCGCUUGGAGAAGGUUGUCUCGAUCAACGUCUCGGGACAUAAGGUGAGCAACAGCCCCGACCCCGGCCCCGGCCACGGCCACCCCAUUUACGGUCUUGUCUACCCUGGUGUCGGUUGGGUCGUCUGGCGUUCUGCCGAGUUCCUCCCCAAGGAACUCGUCUUCAACAUCAACUACCUGGGGGCCGACCAGUCCUCGUUCACGCUGAACUUCAGCAAAGGCGCCAGCCAAGUCAUCGGCCAGUACUACCAGCUCAUCCGCCUGGGCAAGCACGGCUACCGCGCCAUCAUGAGCAACCUGACCCGCACGGCCGACUACCUCUCGGACUCGCUCGAGGCGCUCGGCUUCGUCAUCAUGUCCAAGAAGUCGGGCGAGGGGCUCCCGCUGGUGGCGUUCCGGCUUCCCGAUGUCGAGGACGGGGAUGAGGACGAGGGCCGGAACUAUGACGAGUUCGCGCUGGCGCACCAGCUGCGCGUGCGCGGCUGGGUUGUGCCAGCCUAUACGAUGGCGCCGCACACGGAGAGGCUCAAGAUGCUGCGCGUCGUCGUGCGCGAGGACUUCACCCGCAACCGUUGCGACGCCCUCAUCUGCGACAUUAAGCUCAGCCAGGGCGUCCUCGAGCAGAUGGACCGCAAGACCAUCGAGCAGCAGGAGAAGUUCAUACGAGAGCACCACAUUGCCAGCGGCAAGUCCGCUCACAACCAUCCAAAGUACCAGAACGAGACACACUCACUCCAAGGCAAGACGGGGAAGACACACGCCAUCUGCUGA